AGAUCAAGUUCCUGUAUAAUUGAAGAGACAGGCCUUCAUAGUUUUAGUGGUAUAGCAAUCGGGAUUUACACAUCAUCUACAUUGGACAGUAAACAUUCAGCUGUCAAUGUUCAACAUCAAAGUGAACCUUUUUUCUUUAUUGCCCCUGGCAUCUUUUGAAAAGUUGUUCAGGUUUAAGACAUGAAUCUAUCAUCAUCCGCAUGUACAUGUAUGCCAUACAGUGGUAGGCUCUAGAAUGUACAUUUUACUGUAUCACUUGCUGUGACCUGCGACCUAUGACCUGUUGAAAUCAUUGGAUAAUAUUGAACUAUUGGAUCACUUGCUGUGACCUAUGAACUGUUGAAAUCAUUGGAUAUUGAACUUUUGGAUCACUUACUGUUACCUAUGACAGACCUGUUGAAGGAUCUUGAAGUUGAACUACAGUAUUGAAUCAGUUGCUGUUAGGACUUGCUGUGACCUGCGACCUAUGACCUGUUGAACUCAUUGGAUAUUGAACUAUUGGAUCACUUUCUGUGACCUGCGACCUAUGACCUGUUGAAAUCAUUGGAUAUUGAACUAUUAGAUCGCUUACUGUGACCUAUGACAUAUGACCUGUUGAAGGAUCUUGAACUACAGUAUUGAAUCAGUUGCUGUUAGGACUUGCUGUGACCUACGACCUAUGACCUGUUGAAAUAAUUUUGAAAAUCAAGAUGACUGUUCGUGAGCUCCUCCUUGAUAAAAAUGGAGGCGCUGCAGGAGAUGAGCACUCUAGCCUUGCUCUCAGGAAAAAGUUUCGCUCGAUGCAUGUGAACCAAGAGACUGCCCUCAACCAACUGAAAGAGAUUACAGGAGUCCAUGACCCGGCGGCUCUGAGGCAUGCCUACGAAGCCAGCGAUGGGGACAUCACCCAGGCCAUCACCUUCUUGACUGAAGGCCAUGAAAACACUGCUGCAGGUGGAUCAGCAGGAACAGCAACAGCAGCAGCUGCAGGUCACCAGGGGAAUCCCAGGCAUCAAGUUGCCCAUCAGCCAGUGGCUGUUGCAACCGCUGCAGCCACAGCAGCAGCACCGGUGACUCAGCCAGCCAAUGCUCCUGCCAAUGUGUAUGGCCCUAGGAACAGGCCCCAAGGAGAGGGGGGUAAGUCAUCUGAUGUGAUCGAUCUCACCCAGGAUAGAGACGAGAAAGAAGAUCUUCAAAGAGCCAUUGCUCUCAGUCUACAGGAAACAACUCAAUCAAGCAUCGGAGUGUCCGCAGAAGAACAAGAUAUCAGCAGAGUUCUUGAACAGAGCAUACGUGAUGCAGGUCAAGGUAGAAGCAAUACAUGGUUCGUCGACCCCCUCAAUCCUCAUGAUAGGCAGAGGGAAAGCGGCUGGCCGGUAGGACUAAAGAAUGUAGGCAACACAUGCUGGUUCUCUGCUGUUAUACAGUCUUUAUUUCAUCUUCCUGCCUUUCGUCAAUUGGUGCUCAACUUCAGUCCUCAACCUGCCAAAAAUACAGGGACAGGAGAUGCCAACAGUCAGAAUCACAGAAAUCUUUUAUUCAUGUCGGAGCUCAGAUCUCUCUUUGCCCUGAUGCUUGGUACCAAUAGAAAGUAUGUGGACCCUUCCAAGUCUGUUCAGAUCCUCAAAGCAGCUUUCAGUGGCGGAGGUGCGGAUAACCAACAGGAUGUCAGUGAGUUUACUCAUAAACUCUUGGAAUGGUUAGAAGAGGCCUUCAAAUUAGACACAUCAGGACAUCCCUCACAGAAUGAAGGAGCCGAAGGAGGGGAGAAUACCAACAAGAACCCGAUGCUUGAUCUCUUCUACGGUCAGUACAAGGCCGAAGGUAUCAACGAGGGCAAGGUCUUCAGUAACCUAGAGACCUUCGGACAGUGCCCUCUACAGAUCAAUGGUUAUAAUGACCUUCACCAGAGCCUGGAGGCAUCCAUGUCCAAGGCGGAGAUCGAAACGGUUAAUGGAGAUGCAACCUACAGAUCAGCACAAGAGCACUGGUUCACGAGGUUACCCCAUGUUUUAAUCUUCGAGCUUUCAAGAUUUCAAUUCAACCAAGAGCUUGGCCGGCCAGAGAAAAUACACAACCAAUUUAAAUUUCCUUCACUGCUUUAUAUGGAUAGAUAUAUGGAUGCUAACAGGGAAGUUGUUAGAAAAAAGCGGGAAGAAGUUGCCAUCCUUCGCCAGCAGUAUAGUGAACUGCAGUCUAGAUUAGAAAGAUUUUUAUGCUACGGAAGCGGUGCUAAGCGAAUGCCUUUAUACGAUGUCCUUCAAUACACGUUAGAAUAUGCAAACAGUGGAUGCCCGGAACAACGGCAUCUGGACGGGAUGUGUAGCCCUCGGACAAGCUGCAAUAAUGACUCUGCCAAUGAAGAUGUGGAGAUGGCCUCGCCCUGUGGGUCAGCAAGGAAUAGCCCAAGACCAGGAUCCUCACCAAACCUUCAGCCCAUGCAGCAUCCCUUCUCCCCACCCAGCCCCACCUCUCUCUCCUGCUCACCAACAGUGUCUUCCAAAGUCCCAAGGUACCAGAAACCGCCACCGCUAAACCUCCUAGACAAGCCUUCAUUACACCAUGGCACCGCUGGUUCUCCCGGCCACACCCCUGGGGGCCCCAGCAGUACCAGCCCAGGACCGUCAAUGAAGCAUGAGCUGCCUUCUCCUAAGCCUGGUCACAUCACUGAUUCUGAGCUAGAUAUCUUGCAAGGGUGCCUGAAGAGGUGGAGAACGGAGGUCAUGAGUGAGGUCAAAGAUUUGCACCAUGAGAUUGCCAAAGUCAAUGAGAAGAUUCAUACAACAUAUGAGGAAGCUGAACUCAAAUAUCAAAAGUACCGCCUUCAUGCUGUCCUGGUUCACGAAGGUCAAGCGCUAGCCGGUCACUACUGGGCUUACAUCCUAAACCACAAGAGAAACGUCUGGAUCAAAUUUAAUGACAUCGCCGUUACCGAGGUAACAUGGGAGGAGCUAGAGAGGGUAUCGUUAGGAGGAGACGGUAACGCUAGUGCCUAUUGUGUCAUGUACGUUGAGUCUGGUAACCGGGCCCUCUUUGAAGAGGUCCAUGCAGAAACUGGUCUGAUCAACUUGGAUGACCUGGCCAACGACCUCCGACAACUCAUCGUCGACGACAACCAGAAAUUUGAAGAGGAGUUGAAGCAGUGGGACGAGCAAGUGCAGCUACGCCGACAACAACAGCUGCAACUUCAGCUACAACAGCAGGGAGAGAGAGGACAAGCCGACGGUGGGACCAGAGAGAAGAUUACAUCAAGAGGAGCAAGCACUACAAACGAUGAUGUCGUCCCUCUUGAUGAUGUCCCUAUGAGGGACGUGGAUGAUGCCAUGUCACCGAGGCGAGGACCGCCCCUUGCCAACCAGGACAGCAUGGAGACAAGUCAUCCAGAGACCAGGCCCAAGACCCCUAAGAGUCCUAGAACACCAAAGAGUCCUGUCUCCACUGCCCCUUUCUUUGGAGAAGGUGGGCCAGAGGCCGCAGUACAGCAGAUGUAUGCACAUGAACUGAAGAAAUGUCAGGAGCUUGCCUUGUCCGAGGACCCCCCUGAUUCUGAUUCAAGGUUAGAAUCCUUUGCAGUCUAUCUCCUGAGAAACAACGCUGCUAACGGCCUCAUGCAACAGAGUGUACUGAUACAACUCAAAGAAAUAGGAUUAGCGUCAGAUGAUCUUAGGAGUCAAGCGAUAGGUAAGAUUGCCCAGCGUAAGCUUGAGAGUGACCAAGACUAUCGGAAUGUUCACUCUCAGUUGAAGCAAUGGCAGUCUGAUUACAGCACCUUCGUCAGGACGGCUUCAUUCUUCAAUCACGGCAUCUCGUAUUGCCUCAGGCAAGGAUUGUAUCAAGAAGCAAUGCCAUAUUUCAUGCAUGCCUGUAAACUCAACGGAACCUUCGAUCCGUCCCAAACAAACAAGAGAAUGGAUAAUAAGCUACUAGAAUACUACAGGAGACAUUGUUUAAUACAACUCAACGAGCAGUGUGCCACGACUUUCGAUGCCGGAGAAGAGGCGGAUGCCAGCGCAAGUCUGCAGACCAUGAGUGAGCUGGUUGUGCCUUGUACAAGCCUUCUUGGUUCCAAUCGAGGUGAAGAUGCGCAGGCCGUGGAAGAGAUCCGGUCUAGGUGGUGCUCGUAUCUUGGGCAUGACCUCCCCGGUAAGCUUCAGGACAAACUGCAAGAUCUCUUAUCCAGGCUCCUUGAUGGCGGAUCCGACGGUCAGACCGUCAAGACCCCUCGUCUCAUCCGCUCCCAACGCUCAGUCAACCACGGUCAGCAGUUCAGGUCGACCAUGCAACUCAUCAGAGAAUUUGAACAUGCGAAUCGGGAAGAGGAUUCUUCGUCAUAACACAGAGCCAUCAGGUUCAGGAGUCUGCCAAGGAAUUCUUGAUAAAACUGUUGAUCCAUGCAGAACUCUUUGUUUAACCAAAGGCACAAGAAAUUGGAACUUCUGCCUUUUUGCCAGGUGCUCAGAAUUUUAAAUGGAGAAGGGUGAUGACAUAUGUUAUGCAGGGCUUUUUAGGGAUCAGUUCAUACAAGCUGAAGUGGCUACCCGGAGUAAAUGAGACAUUUUUACAACAAUUCUCUAUAUUAUUUACCUAGUGUUUGACAUUGUAGGAGUUACCGCAACAGUAAACCCACUAAGGAUAUGUUGGUGCAUUUGUUGAUCUCUUUCAAUGAAUAGUUACGAUUGCAGGAAUUUCAACAUUCCGACUGGGAAGAGCAUCAUUCAUCAUAGCAUUUAGCCAACAACUAUAUGUCAGGAAUCUGACGAGGAAAUCUUAAAGGGAAGGUUCACCCUGACAAAAAAGUUAUUGUAAAAAUAGAAGAAAAAAAAAUAUUGCUGAAGGUUUGAGAAAAAUCCAUCAAAGAAUAAAAAAGUUAUUAGAAUUCUUAUUAUAUGAUUUGUUAUGUCAUAUGUGAGCAGUUUCUUACAUAUCGUAUGGUAAAAAAUCAAUGAAAUGUCAUUUUCCCAGAAAACUGAAAAUGGUUUUUAUUGUACAUUCAGUAUAUCAAUGCACAAAUCUCACCUGUUCCUAAUAAGGAAAUAAAGAGAAGUCAUCACAAGCCAUUAAAAAAUGAAAUUUAUUCAUUUUACACUACGUAACAUGUGGGGAAGUGCUCGUUCCUGACGUCACACAUCAAAAUUUAAGAUAACUUUCUUAAUCUUUAAUGGAUUAUUCUCAAACCUUCACCAAUAUUUUUCAUUAUUUUUUCUGCUAUUUUUCCAGCAAACUUUUUGGCAGGGUCAACUUCCCCUUUAAUGAAACUGUUCAACUAUGGAGAACUCUGGUUUACAGUGUAAUUUAAAUUGCAGGCAAGGACCGAUGCACAGUGAACUGUACUGUGAAUAACGGUCUAAUUUUGCCGAUUCCACUCUCCAUCUGGGAAAAGUUCAGCUCGGAAGUCUUAGGUCAAUCUUGCAUUGCGUCAGAAUAUCUUUCUUAGUGUAAUAUUUAGGAUUCACAUAUCUUAAGCCCUGCUACCAAAUUUCAACAUGUAUUUAAUUUCUUUGAUUGAGUCAGGAGAUUCUCAUUCAGCAUGGAAUAAUUUAGCUAAGAAUCUUUUAUCUCGUCGCGUUAGAAAUCGUUCUUCAGCGUAACGAUUUAAGUUGCAUAUCUUCAGCACUGGGAUGGAAUGUCCGUACCAUUGUCUACUGGAACUAUAUAUAUACUCUUUAUAAAGUAAAUUACAGAAUUCAGAAGUCAGGUUAAUAUCUUUGAUUGAAUCUGGUGAUACAUUGCUAGAGCUGUGGAAAUGGUUUAGUGUUACGUUGGGAUGGGAUCGGUGAUUAUUGAAGGGAAGCGUAACGAGGAAACUUUGGAGAAAGUUAUACAGUUCAAAUCACUAGGUAUUUAAUCAUCAACAUUCAGCUACAGUUCGAAGUACAUGAAGAUUCAGAGUAUAUCAGGAGACGAUGAAUAUAAAAUAAUUUAGAAGUAUCAGGUUGAGAUUCGAAGUGCAGUGAAAUUAAUACUGGAUGGACAUCUAAGUCUUGAAGUCAGUCAGUCUAUAUGGAUGAGUGUUGGUCUAGUAUUCUAUCGCUGUAUUCCAUCUCUCCAAUACUCAAGAAGUCUUAUUUAUAUCAUUAGUUUUGGGGGUGUAACAAUUUAAGGUGGGAUUGAUCUAAACUUGAUCUGAUUGGUCUACAGGUAACUGUCUAUCAAACUUUCUCUGGUAUAAUGGGUGUGGUGAUGCUCUGUGCAAGUGACUGGGGCUGAAGUGUGAGUCAUACUUCUUAAAACUUUUGUUCCUUGAAGUUAGCUGACGUCACUGAGGGUUGGUAUUUUUAUGGUCAAGGUUUAGGAGUUAAAUUGUAUUGGGAGUUUGGGAAUCCUUAGGUGACAUUGGGGGAGUUUGUAAACAAGUGAAGGUGAAUGACUGAAAGGAUAACAGGAAGUUAGAUACAUACUACAUUACAUUAGCUCAUAAGUUUAUAAGCCGCAACCCUCAGUCCAGUCAGAAAUUUUUGUAUCAGACUCACCAGCCCUGAGAGAAAUGCUUCUUAACCCUAUGUACACUGUAGCCUUACAGAGGCUUGCAGAGAUUCGACAGAGUAAUACAGUCUUCAGAAUAUUGAUUUGUGUGACAAUCAUAGUGGUGUCACAACUCGGAGAGAAAUGACAAAAUUACACUUUUCCAGAAUACCACCACAGGUUAUCUUUCAUGCCCCAAGGUUGUUAUUAACAGUUUGUUUUAUUUUAGGAGGACUAAAAAUUGGUAUUCAUAUUUUGUUACUGAAAUGAAUUUAAAACAGAUUUUUAAUUUGUUUCUAGAUUGUUAUUCUGAGAUUGUUAUAUUCCAGAAAUAUGCAUUUGCACCCAGUGUGCAGUUACUAUUCCUACAAAACCUGGUUAUGCAUUCUUAUCCUUAGUCUCAUAUUGUCCUAGAGAUGUUAAAGGUCAAGUCCACCCUGGCAAAAUUGUGAUUUAAAUAUAUAGAGACAAAUCAAACUAGCAUAACACUGAAAAUUUCAUUAAAAUCGGAUGUAAAAUAAGAAAGUUAUGGCAUUUUAUUGUUUCGCUCAUUUUUCACAAAACAGUGAUAUGCACAACUCAGUGACAUGCAAAUGUGUCAGUUGAUGAUGUCCAUCACUCACUAUUUCUUUUGUUUUUUAUUGUUUGAAUUAUACAAUAUUUCAUUUUUUACAGAUUUGACCAUCGGGACCGACUUGACUGAACCAUAUAGUAUUAAACAAUGCUAAUUCCACAUGUAUAGGGAGGAAUUAAUCACUGUUUCACUUGACAAUGAGGAGAAAAUUUGAAUAUUUCAUAUUUCAUAUAAUAAAAUACAAAAGAAAUAGUGAGUGGAUGACGUCAUCAGUCUCCUCAUUUGCAUACCGACCAGGAUGCGCAUAGAACUGUUUUGUGAAAUUAAGCAAAACUUUAAAAUGUCAUAACUUUCUUAUUUUACAUCCGAUAUUGAUGAAAUUUUCAGUGUUAUGCUUGUUGGAGUUUUCUCUUCUUAUUCAAACAAAUUAUUCAUUGAAGUGGACUUGUCCUUUAAAUAGUAGCAACAGUACUGCAGUAACUAUACAUUCAAAACCUAGUUAUCAUUAGUUUCUAGAAUUUUGUUCUGAGAUUGUUAUAUUCCAGAGAAAUAUAUAUUUGCAUCAACAUCGCAGUUGCUAUUCGUACAAAUGGGUUAUCAUUUGUUAUUUUUAUGGGAUGUUGCAAGAAAAUAUUUUUGACGCAUUGUCAAAAAAAAUUUGCAUAAAAUCAUGCUUGAUUUCAACCUGUUGGACGGACCAUUGAAAAACGAGCAUUUCCAAAAAAGCGGCAGACAAUGGGCUACUAUUUGAAAAUAAAGAACCCUGUGGAAGGGGGGAAAAAAAUGGGCUACUGGUUAAUGCAUGGUGAGUGUGAUUGGCUUGAAUGUUAUGUUUGAAUUCUUUUUGUAAAACGUGUAAAGAAAAGAUUGCUUGAAAUGAUAAUACGAGGCAGGGGCGGGGGAAUAUUGAAUGGGGGGGGGGGGUUACCCACUUCAAGAAAAACAAGAAAAUGGUUUUCUCCUCUUCAAUUGUAGAAAGUGAUGUACCCCUUUUCUCCUGCUCCUGGCCUCUUCAAACAUAUUCUUCCACCCCUGUGAAAUGUAGCGACAAAUAAAACGACCGAGAGAAGUUUGAGACAGAACUUAUC